UGGUGCCAACAUUUUCCUUCUUCCUGUCAACAAACCACAUUUUUCUUCUUUCAUUCCCUUCCCUGUCUCCCCUCAAGCUCCAUCAUGCAACUUACUGGUCUCAUCGGUCUCCUUGUGAUUGUAGUCUCAAUCGUUUCCGCUGCGCCAUCGGCAUUCAAGCGGCAGAGCGUCUGUCCACUCAACACGUUCAGCGGUUUGAGUGUGACGGCCUCCGCAGACCCCAAUGGCAAAACUCGUUGGGAUUUGUUCACCAUAAGUAUCUUCCAAAUUAAUUCAACAGGGCGAUUUGGCCUGGUUCAGCAAGAAGCAACCCAACGCAAACGAAGUAUUCACAGCCGCGGUCGGGAGCCAGCCCAACUUGUUUACCUUUAA